CGGAGCUCGACGACACUAUGGUACAUGGCCAUCGAAAAAAAUAACAGCUGCCAAAAGUUCCGGCCAAACUCAGGAUGAAUGGAACAAGUUACGCCAACUUUGACAACCAGGAGCAUGUCUUGAAAUUGGGAGAGACGUUCGAGAACCAUCCCAAAAGUGCCUACCACACUGUGCGAUAUGAUUUCAAACCAGCUUCGAUUGACACAGCCUGUGAAGGGGAUCUGGAAGUAGGCAAAGGAGAGCAAGUUACCAUCACUUUACCCAAUUUAGAGGGCUCCAGUGCCCCUGUGACAGUUUUCAAGGGUUCCAAGCGUUCCUAUAUGAAGGAGUGUAUCCUCAUUGUCAACCACGACACUGGCGAAUACCGACUGGAGAAGCUGAGCAGCAAUAUUGCAGUCAAGAAGACCAGGGCCGAAGGCAGCAGUAAGAUUCAUUCCCGCGUGGAGCAGCAGCCCAGUCGUCUGGGCCAGCAGAUGAAAAGCAGCAGUAGUGGAAGUAGCAGCGGAAGUGGAAGCAAGAGCUUGCCGGGAUCCAAAAAUUCUCCGCCCAAAGAGAAGACCUCGCCCGCAUCGCCUUUGGAUGAUAUCGAAAAAGAGCUGAUGGCGGAGGCACGCGUCAUGGACCAGAUGAGCAGUGCCAGCUCCUCCAACAGCUCCUCGUCCUCCAGCAGCGAUGACAGCAGUGACUCGGAGGACGAGCGGACCGGUGGUACUGGCACCACAGCAGUGGCCCAGAACCCCCAAAGUAUGCCGGUCCUCACCACCAACAGCCGGCAGCAGGAGGGAGGAGGAGGGGGUGGUGGCGCUGGCGGCGGUGGGCUCAUGAACACGCUUAAAAACGACCUCCAGUUAAGUGAAUCGGGCAGCGAAAGCGACUGACCAAUCACCAGCCAGGACGUCCGCUAACUUCCAUUUCUUUCCCUUUUUUCUUUUUUUUCUUCUUCUUGAUCAGUUCUUUUUGUUUUGUUAUACAAGCAACUAAAUGCUCAGGAAACCUGGGUCUAUCCUGCAUUAUUUUGUUUAUUUUAAACAUAGCUGCGAAUCAAGUCUUAAAGCCUGCAUGCAGUGGUUCAACAUUUCAGCUCAGCAUUAUAGCUAAUAUACAUGAUGUGCCUUACAUGGUUGCAUCUCUUACAUGAACCUCUCUUCAUUUUUCAAAUUGUCGCCUCUACUCGCUCACUCGUAUUGUCGACAGUGUCACUAGUUGCCUCUGUGGCUUGCUGCUUGCCUGCUAAUAUAACGAGGAGUGAGUGGUUGCUAAUCAUGUUAGCAUGUGGAAUUGUUACUAUGAUUAGUAACAUCGCCACUUGUUACUGCAUCUAGCUGCUUCCAUGGCUUGUUCGCUCGCCACUUUGCUAGCAUACCUAAAGACAUCACUGUUGCUUGCUAGUGACCUCCUGGUUGCUAAUGUAUCAAGCUACAUUCAAAUUCUUUUGCUAAUUUAGCCAAUUACUAAUGUGCCUAGUCACCUUUGUGGUUAUGACCAGGUCAGUGAUGCCUCCUAGCUUUAAACCUGCAAUACUUGAAUCCAAAUCAUUAAUUUAUAUCUCCAAGCAGCCGAAUGGCCCAAUAUUAAUAUAUUUGAUGUCGUUUUAGUAAUUGACCUAUCAACCAGUUGGAAACUUGUUGGCACUACCCAGCUCUGCUUUUUUCCCCUCUCUUGUUGAAAUGGUCCUGCUUGCAUAAUUUGUAAAGGGAGAAAUAAAUAUUUUAAUUGGCUAUA